CGGAAGCCGAGGAUAGAAGCGAGCAAUCUCCGUUUUGACAUCUCUUUUCCAUCUCAAGUAUGGGUCCGAAGAAACCGUCUGAGAAGCCCGCCGGCCAACCGGCCGAGAAGAAAGAGAAGAAGCCGGCAGCCGCCGCCGCACCGGCUUCCGGAUCGGGUGAGAAGAAGCCCGCUGCGGAGAAAAAGCCUGCGCCGGAAAAGAAACCUGCUGCUGCAGCUGAAAAGAAACCUCCAGCGGAGAAGAAGCCCGCCGCCGAGAAGAAACCGGCCGGCGAUAAGAAACCCGCUGAGGAGAAGAAGGCCGAGAAACGUGCCGCUCCUGCAGGUGAUAGCAAGGCCGCACCGAAGAAGAAGGCUCCGGCCGCUGCCGCUGCCGCUGGAACCAGCAAGCCGGCCGGUGAUGCCAAGAAAACCGCCCCGGCCGCUGGCGCUGCUGCCGCCCCCAAGAAGGGAGCGAAGGCUGCACCAGCAGCCGCUGCUGCUGCUGCCGCCACUGCUAGCAAGAAGAAGCCGGCCGAAAAGAAGGGUGCCGCUGCUGCUACUGCGACCAAGGGUGCUGCCAAGCCCGCUAAGGGCGCAAAGGCUGCCGCUGGCGCUGGAGCUAAGGCCGGCAAAGCUACUGCUGCCGCUGCCGGAGGAAAGGCGAAGAGUGGCGAAAAGAAGAAACCCGAGAGGAAGAUCAACAGCAAGGGUAGGAAGACUACCAAGAGUCCUCGGCCGAAGCUGACGAAAGAGCAGAUUAAGGCAAAGAUCCAGAAGGGUAUCCAGAAGGCUCGUACCACUGCUAUGCUGCGCGCCAAGCGUGCGAAGACGAAGUUGAUCAAGGGCCCGUAUGGCACCGUGUUGCGUAAGAUUCGCACAUCGGUGCACUUCAAGCGGCCGAAGACCCUUCGACUUCCCCGCCGUCCGAAGUACCCGAGGAAGUCGGUCGCCAAGCGCAGUCGCAUGGAUGCGUACAACAUAAUCAAGUACCCGCUGACGACUGAAGCAGCAAUGAAGAAGAUCGAGGAUAACAACACGCUUGUCUUCCUGAUUCACCUGCGCGCCAACAAGAACCAUGUCAAGGCAGCCGUAAGGAAGCUGUACGACGUUAAGGUGCUGAAGAUCAACACGCUGGUGCGACCGGACGGCAAGAAGAAGGCGUACGUAAGAUUAACACGCGACUACGACGCAUUGGACAUUGCCAACAAGAUCGGCAUCAUCUAAAGCUCUAGUUCUGUAUGUUUUUCGUACGCGCCGUCGUCCUGGUGUUCGUACGGCGGGGGUGUUCAGAGGAAGGAAAAGGAAGGUAUGUGCACUGGUUCUUGUUUGAACAGUGUUGACGUAUCCUUUUGCAUUCCUACUCUUCUCAGAUAUGUUUCUCUGGCGCAAUUUUUUCCACUCGACGCAGGGAAACUUUCUGUAAAGCUUGUGCUGGAAUUGUUUCAAGCAAACAUUAGAAGUACACUUUGUAACAACUGGAGAAUGAUGAAGAAAUAUAACAUCUAUUCAGGAGAGGAGAAA